AUGAAACAGUUUUUGAUUGGUUUUGGUUCCACAGGCUUCAAAGCAGAGUGGAUGGCAGUAAAAGAUGAGCAUUUGUAUGUUGGCGGUCUGGGGAAGGAGUGGACAACCACCACCGGAGAGUUGGUCAAUCUGAAUCCACAAUGGGUGAAGGUGAUCAGUCAUCAUGGUGAGGUAAGGCAUGUACAGUGGACGCAAAACUACAAUGCCAUGAGAAAAAGUGCUGGAUAUGAAUAUCCAGGAUACAUGAUCCAUGAAUCCGGUGUUUGGAGUGAUCAUCAUCAACAAUGGUUCUUCUUACCACGACGUGCAAGCACCAUGCGCUACGAUGAAGUUGAAGAUGAACACCGUGCUACUAACAUCCUCCUUCGUUGCUCCGAGGACUUUGAACAUAUCACAGUCACACGUAUUGGAAGCCUAAAUGUAAUACGUGGCUUCUCGUCUUUCAAAUUCAUACCGGGGACCAAGGAUCAAGUAAUAGUUGCCUUAAAAACUGAGGAAAAUAGCGGUGAAAUUGCGACAUAUUUAACAAUAUUUAAUAUUAAUGGCGGAGUAAUUUAUCCGGAUGAGAAGAUAGCAGAUAAUAAGUACGAGGGUAUUGAGUUUAUAUGAAUGAUAAUUUCGUUUAAUAUAAAUAUCAUUUAUAUCUGUAUCCAACCCAAAGAUGUUGGUGUACAAAACAACAGUAAUCCCAAAACGUGUACAGUAGUCACUUCCCAGAAGUCUAUGAGAUCUUGAAUGUUGCAUUUUUUGGUUUGUGAUGAACUUUUAAAAAUACUGUGCCAAUGCAUAUAUUCUUUCUGUAAUAAUAUUCAUACAGUGUGGCUAAAUUUUAGUUACCAGUAAUGUAACGGUAUAAAAGGUCAUUUUAAGGUAUAAGGGACAAGUUAUACAUCUAUUUUUAGAAAAAAUAACAUUCCAGACCAAGUUUAGUAUUACUUUAAUUGAGCUUUCUCAACACAUCUUGUAUUUUGUUGUACAUUUAAUAUGAUAUUCAUAGCUAUCUCAUAUCAUGGAGACAAUGGGGGCCUUUGAUUUACACAACACUCGAACAGGUUCACACAUGUGUGACCGUCCUACAUUCUCUUCUCAACAUAGAUUUGGUCAAAUUGCAUCCUAGCAUUCAUGCGAUGAGGGGAACUUAAUAUUCUCGCGUGCACAGAUGACUUUCUAGUGAUGUAAUUACAUUCUACAUCCCACAGCAUCGCACAAACGAAAGCUCUCUAACAAUACAUCUAGAAACGUAGCAAAAUUCUGAAUUUGUUGUUGAAAAAUGUCAAAUUUUGGCAUGGAGAGCAUUCCCUGGAAUACCAGCAUGCUACAAAUGCUCGAUAUUAUUAUUAAUAUUAAUUUUAUUAUUAUUGGGAAAUGGGUUUAAUGUUAAUGUGGGCUGCAUAAACUGUUUUUAAUUUUGUGCAAUCUUAUUCCCUUUUUAUUUGUCAACCCAAAUGUAUGUCAGGUGACUGUGUACAUCCAUAAGUAUGAUGUUUUAUAGUUCUUAUUGAAGAUGUUGAGGGCUGCUUAUGUCUGUGUUCUGUUGUGUUUGGAUUUCAAAAUCAGCUGCACCAAAAUCUUUAGCGCUGUACCACCUAAAUUUUAGUUGAGCUACACUUCCAGGUUUUUAGCAGAGUACCACCUAGAUUUCAAUCAAACACAUCCUGAAUUUUAAGUGAAUACCAUCUUAAUUUUAGUAAUGUACAUUCUGAAUUUUUUUAGUACACUUCUAAAUUUCACUAGUGUACCAGCAGAUUUGAAGUAUACCGUCUUAAUUGCAGGUGUACCAUGUCAAUUGACAGACGAAACAAGGUUUAGAUAUCUACCGGACUAAUAAUUUUUGUGCAAACAUCAUAAUGUAUAUCAUCUUGAUGAGUAUCUGUUUACUGUGGUGUUGGUUGCUAAAAUAUUUGUUGUAUGACUGAAGAAAGAGUUGGUGAUGGUGAAAUUAAUUACUGUGUGUGUUUUAUAAAUUUUUAAUUUGUCUUAAUUGUAAAAAAAACGUAUUAUUUUACAAUUAACCUAAGUAUUUCUUGAAGAUUAUAUUAUACUAACAAAUCUAUUCAGUUGAGAAUUUAAUAAUUAAUUAUCAUGCGUAAUUAUUGUAAAUAUUAUUUGUUGAUGAUUAUAAAAAUAGGAUUGUAAAAUAUAGGUGUGAUACAGUACUUGUAUUGUUUCCUUUAAGGUCUGUGUAUACUUUUUAUGACACAUUUGUUGGAUUUGUCCAUAUAUGGACAUGACUCUAUGUGUACAGUAUUACAGGUAUUGGUCACUGAGGCAAGUCAAAAUCAUGUUUUUCUAAGAAAAUUUAAUAGAAUUAUUUUUAGCCAAAACAUUUGAAUAAUGCAGCUUUUUUUGUCAAAAUGUAAUAUUUUAUUCUAAUCUAUGGUAAAUAACUAGGUUUUUGCUUAGUAUUCCAUUUUAUAUGCAACUUCCAUUACCUGUAGUGGUAAUGUAUCAUUUAUUGCAAUGCUUUUUCUAAUAUAAUGGAGAGUGAAUACAACGCAAUACUGUAAGUCACUUGUUAUAAAUUUGUUAUAAAUUACAGUAAUAAAUGCAUUAUUGCAAAGGAGUGUCUAUUGUAAAGCCUGAUGUCCAUAACAUUGCUACACACUAGCACUGACAGCUUUGCUGCCGAUUGGCAGCUCGAAUGAGAGAGUUUUCACGAUUAUGUUGGGGACGGAUUUCAGUGAGAACACUCUUGCAACAGUGAAGCAAUUUUAUGGAAACCAGGUUAAGGCUUAGUCUACUCUAUCAGAUUUUAUGUGGCAAAUUUGUGUGAUGGGCCCAUAUAUAGGCAUGACAAUGUAUAUUACACCCAAAUAUGGGCAUAUCACGUUUUUCUGUCUCAAAGUAUUUGAGUGUGGAUAGAAAUGAAAUUGAUAGGAUUAUAUUUAGUUUAUACAAAUAUUUAUAAUUGAGUGAUGGUGGUGAUGAUGUAAUAUAUAAAAGUAUUUAAAUUUAUUUUUACCAUCCCAUUGUUUAAAUUGCUUUUUUAUUCAAAUUCAAAAUUCUUUAUUCAAUCUAUACAAUCAGUAGCAGCCAAAGCUGAAUUGCAGCAUUGGAUUUACAAGCUUUCCUACCAAAUAUGAUACAAUUUAAAAUACUGUACAUAGAAAAAAAAGACCACUACAGGAAAACAAUUACAAGAAACAUAAUAAAAAACAUUUACAAUAAAAGUCAUCAUCAUUAUUAUUAUUAAAAAUAACAGGGUAUCAACAGUUGUGUGACUAGCACAUUUAAAGGUCAAAGGUUAUAUUUUUGCAUGACAAGCAAAAUACUAGUGUCUGUAUUCGCUGUGUAACGCAUAAGGUUGAAAGCUUCUCAGCAGUCUUUACUGAAAGCAUAGGCAGUUUAUUUUUUUACGCUAUAUAUAAAGGUCACGUUAUUAUAAUCAUGAAAAUUAUCAUCUCUCAUUAUUUCAUGAGCAAUAAUUACCUUCCAAAGUUCUGUCUUGUUGCUUCAGAAGAUAAUAAUAAUAAUUAAUAAUGUUGGUAUCCUUACGAUUCCUUGAUCAGCCUUGAAGUGACGCUUAACCCAUUGUCCGGUAACCAGUGGAAAUGGUACGGUAACAUCAUUAUUAUUAUUAUCCACAAAAUGACUGUCUCUACUAAUAAGAUAAGGUUAAAGGUUAAAGGUUAUUCAUUUAUAUUGCGCAAAAUACGAGAGUCUCUAUGUGCAGAACAGAUGUAACUGGAAAAUUAAAAAAAAAAGGAAAAUCCAAGCCAGAUAUUGUGAGAAAAUAUUUAAUAAUGUGGAGUGUAUAAAAUAUUAUAUUAUGAGAUAAGUAGAUGUGGGUUACAAUAGUGUUUCUUCAGUAUUAUGAUAGGUGCUAGUAGUACAGUAUGUAACCAUGUUAUAUUAACACCUGUGUAAGUUUCCUAUACGGUAAUUGCCAGUCAGUAAAGCUGUUAAUACCAUAAUUGAAGCGAUCUCUACCUGCAUUAUUUAAUAAGUUAAGUACUCGUAAAAAAGCAUCUACCAGUAAUAAACUAUGGAGUUAAUGAAUAACCUGAUACGUUUAAGUGAACACUUAAAUUUAAUGCUGAUGAGUUAAUUUAAAUAAAUUCAUUCUACGAUAUACAUCUGUGACCCAGAUACCUUCCCUCUGUUGCUAUCCACUGCUAAUCACACCAGUUGUAUUAAUUAAAUUCCUGUGCAUCCAACUGUACAACAUUAUGCGUGUUUGUUGGUUUUAAAUAAUUUAAAUAAUUUUUAAUAUGUAAUAUUUUAACACUUAUAAUUCCUUUUAAUAUGUAAAUUACUAAUAAAUCAUUCAAACUGGACAUCAAUUGAAUAGUUAAUUAUUUCAGGUGUAUACCUUCAUUUUCAUUUGGUUGUAUUAUUUAAUUACUGUAUUUGUGAUAAUUUUAUGGUGAUUUUGUGCAAAAGAUAUAGGUCUGGGUCACUAAUGUUUGUAUCUUGGUAUUUUUAUAGUACAUAAUUUCUUUAGGUUGUUUUUUUCUGUUUAACAAUGGUUGUUUGCAGUUAACUUUUUUAUCCUGUUCAGUUUUGAAUAUUAAACUUUGAGGUAAAACACUCA